GUGCGUCACUGUGGGCCGGGGCAGCCGGAGGGUUGAGGCCGAGGCGGCGGGACGUUGCCGGGAAACUUGUGCCGGGAAACUGAGAAUCCGCGCCCAGGCCCGAAGGAGCAGGGCCCCCGUUACUGGCCGGGACAUCCGCUCCCGGCGCCUCCUUCCCUGCCAUGGCUGUGAGGAGGGAGCAGGAGCAACAGGAGGAGAGCCGCAGCGAGCCCCCCAGCUUGGUGCAGAUGGUGAAGGGGCUGAUACCCGUCCUGCCCUGUGCCACCGUCUCCGCCGCCCUGCUCGGAUGGAUCCUGUUCUAUCUCACCUGCAGGUACAGGGUGCUAGACGAGCAGACCUUCACUCUGGGCAACUUCCAGAGCCGCUUGCAAGUGUACAAAGUGCUCAGUUAUGUGUUCAUCCAUAAAAGUAUGAGUGCACUCGUGUGCAACGUUCUCAUGCUAUGGUAUUUUGGUGGUGCCAUGGAGAAGGACAUUGGAACUGUAAAAUUUGCAUACCUCACACUCCUACUUGCAAUUCUUUCUGGAAUUAUCUACGUUAUUAUUGGUUCAAUAUUUUUUGGACUGGAAAAACUAAAAGAAAUUCAGGGAUUCACUGUAGUCGUGUUUGCCUUUGUGGGAAUGUCUGUAUUUCUAUCCCCUAUGAAAUCUGUUGUGUUUAUAACAACAAUCAAGGUGAUUUAUCUCCCAUUCGUUUUACUCGUUCUUUCAAUUUUUAUACCGGAGUCAUCAAUCUUGGGUAACGUUAGUGGAAUCGCAGCAGGAAUUGUUUAUGCUUAUGGUCGGAGGUAUUUUCCAUAUCUGGAUAUGCAUGAAAUGACUGCUGCUUCUUUGGAGAGGUAUUUUCCUUUCAACAGUCUGAAGAAUUUACCAGGGAUCGCAUUUUAUUCAGCCUUGUGGGAGGUGAGAAAUGUCGAGACGACCAACAGGUGCAAUCCUAAACCAGGGUCCUACCCCACUCAAACCUAUUACUUUCCUCCAUCCACUGACCCAGAGUACUGCUAUUAUUCAGGGAUUUUAAAAGAACAGAUUAAUUUGUAUGGACAUGAGAGGCAACAGCAUCUUAGUUAUAAUCUUGAAAGUUUUCCUGGAUUUGGAUUUGAUGUUGGGCGUGCAUCUGAACAUGGACACAGUCAUGAUAUUAUGCAUCCACCUGGACAUGUAUUCAACCAUGAUCUCAGGCAGACAUUUGGACACGGACACAGCCAUGAUGUUGGUACAUCCGAACACGGACAUGGCCAUGACGUUGGACAUGGCCAUGAUCUUGGGCACGUAUCUGGAUGUGGGCACACCCACAAUCUUGCGCGCAAUCCUGAACAUGGAUGUACUUGUGACCGUAAACCCGAUUCUCAGUAUCCUGAAGAGGUACAGCCUCCUGGGCUCCAACAGGGUUUUAAGAGUUUUGGUGCCAAACAAGACUCCUUUUCUGUGGUAAUGGACUAAGUUUUGCUCUGGGUUUCUUUUCUAGCAGGCUGCUGCACACACAAGAGGUGCCAGGCACGGACAACAUCAUUCCAAACCAAAGAUGGCAUUUUUUUUUAAAGUUAAGUUACAAUACCCUGGUUCAAUCUGCUGAGACAGCAGAAAGGUGGAUGUUGAUGUAUAGUGAGUCCCAUCAUUGGCAUCCAGUUCAAGUUGUGAAAGAUUUUAAAAAAUCUGCAACUAUCUUUGCCAAACAUUAGAAUUAAAAAUGUUGUCAUAUUUUUAGUAGUUUUCACUUUCUGUUUUAUUUAUUGUGCUACCUUUUUUUUGGAUUGAGAAAUUGGUUUCUGGUUGCAAAGUAUGAUAAGUUGUAUAUUUUGCCUUAAAGCUGGCACAGCAUUCCAUUUACAAAUGUCCAUGCAAUGAUGAUCACCAGGCUCAUUUUUCAUUCCAUUAAUGUGCUUAUUAAACAUUAAUAAUAAGUAAGUUUUGUAAACAGCAUACAUUGGAAAACUUCUGGCCAUGAGUUUGAGACCCAAGAUGCUGUAUGAUUGAACCUGACUUGUACUGUUAUGGAAUAAUUAUGAGUCACUUCACUUAACUGGAUAGGCCAAGAGAUGUGCACUAGAGUUAAGGUACUGGGGAAAAGAAAAUCUGGCCCGCCAUGCAGGUUACAGAGUGACGGAGAUAAUGGGCAUGGAGAAUAUAAUGCAAUCUUUACCUGUUUUACUGUCUUUCCAACUUGAUAUUAGCCAUUCCUUUGUGGUAGGUAGAAAAUGGUAGCAAGGCUUUCUUCCAAUAGUGAGACAGGGAAAUGUGAGGAUGAGUUACCACUGUUUCCACAUCUUUAGCUGAGCAGUGAUAGAGUCUGUAAACAUGAUACUUAUCUUCCUCUUCAAAAUGACAGCAGAUGAAGGGUGUGAGAGGAUGGGAGGGAAUCAGAAUGUAAAACAUAAAAAAAACCCUCUGACACAUUGCUUCCAAUAUCCACAAAACCAGAUCUGGAAGUGUAGGCAGGUCUGGUUCUAGUUUGGUUUUUGUGUUUCUCACUUACAACUUUAAAAUUUGAAUUUUGUGAACCAGGGAAUGGAAAUAGUUCUGAUGCAUUAUAGGUGAAUGAAUCUGAAAACAUCAGUUUGAUUUGUCUGUAAGGAAACCUCGAAUAUAUGGAAAUUAAUAGCAACAUGGACCUUGUAUGCAGGUCCUGAGGCUUGCAAUCUGAAUGAGCCAUGAAGAGAAAAACUGAUUAGAUAAUGUCAGAGGAGCUUAAUAAAAGUUAGCAAUAACUUUGUUUUGUGAGCGACUUGUGUUGAGAUUUUGCAACUGUAAUGAUGACGACAUGCCAGCGUCCAAUUCUAUUUCAUUACCACCUCUAUCAACACCAUCUUCUCCACCGCCUAUUGUUUCUAAGUUGUUUGUCUGAAAUGCACAAUUGAUUGAAAAUGAAUUUCCUCCACUAUAAAUUGUGAAGUCUGCCACAAUCUCCAUCCUUCUCCCUGGUAAUUGAGACUAAACCAGACAUUUUGUACUUUUGGUGUUAUUUUUGGUUCAGAGAUACACAGCUGAUGACUUGUACACUCCUACACAAAGACUGCCCACUUCUGACUGCAUAACUGUGUUCAAUUCACCCUCUACCCCCAGCUCCUCUUUUGCUGAAACCUUUAUCAGUGUUUUUAUAAUCUGUGGACUUGUCUAUUCCAAUGUACUGCUGCCUAGUUUUCUAUCUUCUACCUUACACUUGAGCUCAAAAAUUCUGAUGCCCCCAUUCUAACCCCUGUUAGUUAUUCACCUAUCAGCCUUGGAUCUCUGUGGUUUCUUGGUCUGAUCAUGCUUCACUUUAAAAAUUUUUUUUAAUCCUUCAAUGUUUUGCCUCUUUCUCUUUCUGUAACAUCCAGACCUACAACUCAACAUCUCUAUGGAGCUUGAAUUUUGGCCUCCUCUUCAUGUCCAGUUUUACUCACAUUGCCAUUGGCUUUAAGUGCCUAAAUGUUAAACUUCCUGCCUCUCUACCUCUUCUACUUUAAGACCAUUCUGAAAAUCUACCUCUUCAAUCAAAUUUUUUGAACAGAUUUUGGGUUUGUAAUGAUGACAGAACUACUUCUAUUCACAUGACAUUGUUUUCAGCACAUGCAUAGUUUCAUGGUGUUGCUGUCAAUAAUAUGGAACACCUCCAGAGGCUGCAGUGCUUUUUUCAGCCUUGUAAUAAAGUUGGAGGAAAUCACUUAAAGCGAUCGGAAUUUGUUACCUCUGCUGUAAAAUACCCUGAAAGCCUUAACUUGAUGGGCUGUAAUUAAAAAGUUAUCUGGCCCUGAAAACAUCUUGUACAUCUGUGUUAUUUCUUCAUAUAACUGUUUCAAAAUGUAUGGGAUUUUAAAAUGUAUUUUUAUAAAAAUCUGCAGUUUUAUAUUCUAUUGUAAUUGUGUGCAUGUUACAAUCUUUAGAACUCUAUUUAAAACAAAAAUUAAAAACUAUGCAUUUUGCUUGCUGAGAUACCAUCUGUGAAAACUGUUUAAUGUGACUAUCUGCUA